GAGUUCUCAGCCUUAUAGUUUCUGCCCUUGUCUCUGCCUCCAGCUCCUUAAGAGCCACCCAACCCCAGCGAUUGGAUUGGGCAGCCCGUCUUGACACACCACUGUGCUGAGUGCUUGAGGACGUGUUUCAACAGAUGGUUGGGGUUAGUGUGUGUCAUCACACUCGAGUGGGGAUUAGGGGAGAGAGGCAGCCUUGCUGGAGCUGUGUGGUCUUCCCCAAGUGUGAGCUGCAAGCAAAAGAAGAAAUACCUAGCUCUGGGGGAGAAACUGGAAGAAUCGUUUCCAGCAGCUCAGAGGGAAAAAUAAAACCGCACACUUUGUUCAGUUCUUCACAGUAACUGUCACAUACCUCUGGUGCUUAUGAAUUAUUGGCCUCCUACUUGUGAAAGAAAUCUAACACUGUCCUCACCAGUUACAGUAAACUUCUGCAUUCUCCAAAUAAGAGAGGCAAAUUUCCAGCAAGUUUUGACCAUAAAUUCACUGAGCAAGACAUAUGGACUUCUAUUCAAUGCUAUGAAAAUUAACCAAGGCACAUUAACUUCAGGAAAUUUUCAAAGGGCUCCUCCUACAGAUGUUCUGAACACGUCUGCAUCCCGGCAAUCUUUUACUGCGCCCAGGUACUGAAUGUCUUGAAAACUAGAGUUCAGGAACUUCUGGAUCAGUGUUUUCAUUGAAAUACUGGAACUACUAUGAAGCCUUCUUGGUUUGCACUCAUGUUGGCAGUGCUCAGUACUGAAAUGCUGACAAGUCACUGUUCCACCAUCAAGUCCCCGAGGUUCAGAGGACGUGUGCAGCAGGAGCGAAAGAAUAUCAGACCAAAUAUCAUCCUUGUACUCACAGAUGAUCAAGAUGUGGAGCUAGGGUCCUUGCAAGUGAUGAAUAAAACCAGGAGGAUUAUGGAGAAUGGAGGGGCCUCUUUCAUCAAUGCCUUUGUAACUACCCCCAUGUGCUGCCCAUCUCGUUCCUCGAUGCUGACUGGGAAGUAUGUGCACAACCACAACAUUUACACCAACAACGAAAACUGCUCUUCUCCCUCAUGGCAGGCUACUCACGAGCCUCGCACCUUCGCUGUGUACCUCAACAACACUGGUUACAGAACAGCUUUUUUUGGGAAAUACCUCAAUGAAUACAAUGGCAGCUACAUCCCUCCUGGGUGGAGAGAGUGGGUUGGAUUAGUGAAGAACUCUCGCUUCUAUAAUUACACCAUUUCUCGCAAUGGUAACAAAGAGAAGCACGGAUUUGAUUAUGCAAAGGACUACUUCACAGACCUAAUCACUAAUGAGAGCAUUAAUUACUUCAGAAUGUCUAAGAGGAUAUAUCCCCAUAGGCCCAUAAUGAUGGUCAUCAGCCAUGCUGCACCCCAUGGCCCGGAGGAUUCUGCACCGCAGUUCUCAGAGCUCUACCCCAAUGCUUCACAGCACAUCACUCCCAGCUAUAACUAUGCACCAAACAUGGAUAAGCACUGGAUUAUGCAGUACACGGGGCCCAUGCUGCCAAUCCACAUGGAGUUUACCAAUGUCUUGCAGCGCAAAAGACUUCAGACCCUGAUGUCAGUUGAUGACUCUAUGGAAAGAUUACACCAAAUGCUUGCAGAGAUGGGAGAACUGGAGAACACCUACAUUAUUUACACUGCUGACCAUGGAUACCAUAUUGGGCAGUUCGGACUGGUCAAGGGGAAGUCAAUGCCGUAUGACUUUGAUAUUCGAGUUCCUUUCUUUAUUCGCGGUCCAAGUGUGGAGCCGGGAUCAGUUGUGCCUCAGAUAGUUCUGAAUAUUGAUCUUGCUCCAACAAUUCUGGAUAUAGCAGGCCUUGACACACCUCCAGAUAUGGAUGGCAAAUCUGUCCUAAAACUUCUGGACUUGGAGAGACCAGGAAACAGGUUUCGAACAAACAAGAAGACCAAAAUUUGGCGUGACACAUUUCUAGUGGAAAGAGGCAAAUUUCUACGCAAGAAGGAGGAGCCCAACAAAAACACUCAGCAGUCUAAUCAACUACCAAAGUAUGAGAGAGUAAAAGAAUUAUGUCAACAAGCAAGAUAUCAGACAGCCUGUGAACAACCAGGACAGAAGUGGCAGUGCACAGAGGAUGCUUCUGGCAAACUUCGAAUUCACAAGUGCAAGGUGUCGAGCGACAUCCUCGCCAUCAGAAAGAGAACGCGCAGCCUCCACUCCCGGGGCUACGGCGGCAAAGACAAAGACUGCAACUGUGGAGACACUGAUUACCGGAACAGCAGGACCCAAAGGAAAAAUCAAAGACAGUUCCUGAGAAACCCUAAUGUGCAAAAAUACAAACCUCGAUUUGUUCACACUCGCCAAACCCGAUCCUUGUCUGUGGAAUUUGAAGGUGAGAUAUAUGACAUAAAUCUGGAAGAAGAAGAACUGCAGGUGUUGAAGACCAGAAGUAUCACCAAGCGCCACAAUGUUGGAAAUGAGGAGGAAGGAGAGGGAACUGCUCGUGCUGCUCGUGACACAAUGGUGGCUGAUGGCACUGAUGCUAUGGGUCAACCCAGCUCUGUCAGAGUGACACACAAAUGUUUCAUUCUUCCAAAUGACACUAUUCACUGUGAGAGGGAGCUGUACCAGUCUGCCAGAGCCUGGAAGGAUCAUAAGGCUUACAUUGAUAAGGAGAUCGAAGCUCUCCAAGACAAAAUUAAGAAUUUGAGGGAAGUUAGAGGACACCUAAAAAGAAGAAAACCAGAUGAAUGUGAUUGUAGCAAACAGAGCUAUUACAACAAAGAGAAGGGGGUAAAGGCCCAAGACAAACUCAAGAGCCAUCUUCAUCCCUUCAAAGAAGCAGCACAGGAGGUGGAUGGCAAACUGCAGCUGUUCAAAGAGAACCGGAGAAGGAAGAAGGAGCGGAAGGGAAGAAGGCGCCAGAAGAAGGGAGAUGAGUGCAGCCUUCCCGGGCUGACAUGUUUUACCCAUGACAACAACCACUGGCAAACAGCACCAUUCUGGAACUUGGGCUCUUUCUGUGCUUGCACAAGCUCCAACAACAACACUUACUGGUGCUUGCGAACAGUUAAUGACACCCACAAUUUUCUGUUUUGUGAGUUUGCAACUGGCUUCUUGGAAUAUUUUGAUAUGAACACUGAUCCCUAUCAGCUGACUAAUACAGUUCACACAGUGGAAAGGGGCAUUUUGAAUCAAUUACACAUCCAGCUUAUGGAACUGAGAAGUUGUCAAGGUUACAAGCAGUGCAAUCCAAGGCCAAAGGGACUUGAAACAGGAAAUAAAGAUGGAGGAAGCUAUGAUCCACACAGAGGACAAUUAUGGGAUGGAUGGGAAGGCUAAGCUGCCCAUUUUCACUGGCGACAUUGACUGGCAAGGACUGGAAGACUUGUACAGUGUGAAUGAAAGUGUAUAUGAAUACAGACACAACUUUAGACUUAGUCUGGCUGACUGGACUAAUUACUUGAAGGAUGUAGAUAGAAUGUUUGCACUGCUGAACAGUUACUACCAGCAAAAUAAACCAGACAAGGAUAACACUGGUCAAAGCAACAGGGAGGAAUCAUCCACGCCGUUCACCUUGGUGGAGAUGACUUCUGCUGAGGAAUCCAGCGGCCUGACUGCAGAAGAGUUGCAGCUUAUUGUGCCAACAGACUUUGCAGCCCUCGCUUUGAGCAUGGUGAAUUUAAGUCAGGAGAAGAAACUUGAAUUAAACAAUGAUAUUCCUGAGAAAAGUAAUUUGAAUGACGCACACUGGAGAAAUAGUCAUCCAGCUGAAAAAUGGAUGGAGGAUAAAGAAUCGGACCGUUUUGAUAUGGAUUUCAGUGGAAAUGGUUUGAUAGAGUUGGAGUC